CCUCCUCCUCCAGCACCACGCUACAGCAGGGAACUAGGCAGGCCAACUUGCAGUGAGUGCAGCUCAGCCUCGACAGCGGCCGCUUCCCACUGGGGGUCUUCGGAGAGCAUCGCACAUCCCAUGUGCGCUGCCGUGCCCCGCUGGAUGUUGAAAUCGCGCCGCGCGCCACGCCAGGAGCCACCAUGUCCAACCCAACGCACGACCCGUUCUACUCGUCGCCGUUCGGACCCUUCUACAGGAGACACUCGCCCUACAUGGUCCAGCCCGAGUAUCGGAUCUACGAGAUGAACAAGCGGCUGCAGACGCGCACGGAGGAAAGUGACAGUUUGUGGUGGGACGCUUUCGCUACAGAGUUUUUUGAGGAGGACGCCACGCUCACGCUCUCCUUCUGCCUCGAAGAUGGACCAAAGAGAUACACGAUCGGCCGGACGCUGAUCCCUCGAUAUUUCAGCACGGUGUUCGAGGGAGGCGUCACCGAGCUCCACUACAUCCUCAAGCACUCCAAGGAGUCCUUCCACAAUUCCUGCAUCACCCUGGACUGUGAUCAGUGCACCAUGGUCACCCAGCACGGGAAGCCAAUGUUUACAAAGGUCUGUACAGAGGGUCGCAUGAUACUGGAGUUUGCCUUCGACGAUCUGAUGAGGAUCAAGACGUGGCACUUUACCAUCCGGCAGUACCGGGAGCUCAUCCCUCGCAGCAUCCUGGCCAUGCACGCACAAGACCCUCAGGUGCUGGAACAACUGUCCAAAAACAUCACUCGCAUGGGUUUGACCAACUUCACCCUCAACUACCUCAGGUUGUGUGUCAUCCUGGAGCCCAUGCAGGAGCUCAUGUCGAGGCACAAGACCUACAACCUCAGCCCCCGGGACUGUCUCAAGACAUGCCUAUUCCAGAAGUGGCAGAGAAUGGUAGCCCCGCCAGCUGGACACCCACAGAACUUCAAAACGGAAAUAUUUCCCACAAAUCACAAAAAAGGCCGCGCCAAAGCUGAGCCCGCCCGACAGACGACCACCAAGAGGAGGAAACGGAAGAACUCGGCCAGCAGCGCCAACAGCAGCGUGGGCACCACCGCCGGCAAGAAGCGCAGCCCCGCCACCAACUUCAGCCUCUCCAGUCAGGUACCUGACGUGAUGGUGGUGGGCGAGCCGACCCUGAUGGGCGGCGAGUUCGGCGACGAGGACGAGCGCCUGAUCACCCGCCUGGAGAACACGCAGUACGACGCCACCAACGGCCUGGACGACGAGGACGACUUCAACGGCUCCCCGGCGCUCGGCAACAACGGCCCCUGGAGCAGCAAACCCCCCGCCGCCCAGGACGGCAAGCCCGAGAGCACGGCGGCCCAGCCCUCGCAGUAAAAACACCAACGAAGAAGAGGGAGCAACAGAAGGACUUUUUAACCCUCUCCCCCUUUGGGCAGUGCUUCUAUACGCCUCUUAACAUUUUACUGAAUCAGAACCCCCCAGGACCCCGACCCCCCCCCCCUCCCUCUCCCCGUCUGCUAACUCACCGCUGGCGAGUCCAGAUUUAAAACAUGUCCGCCCUGGACAUUUUCUUCUUCUUCUUCUUCUAUGAUUCACUGUCACAUCUUGGAGAAACUGGCAGCGUCCACAGACGUGAAACGCAUACACGUUGUAUGCAACUGUAAUGAACCGGGCGGGAAAAAAAUUGGGGUAUUUUUGUUUUGUUUUGUUUGGUUGUUUUUCCAAGAAUGCAGUGGGAAUGAGAAAAAAAAGAAUUCCAGCUCAAAAUGCGCCCUCCGCUGCGCGAGCAUCCCUCGUCCAGCCGGAUUACCGCCACGGCUGUGAUUGGUUGACCUGGCAGGUCGCGAGUCAUCACGCUUUUCAACAAGACGGCGAAAAGGGAGAAAGCGGAAGAAGGAAAACAACAAACAAAAUGUCUCCCCAGAACAAAACGUGAAGAAGGCAAGGGGAUUUGUUUUCUUGUCUUUUGCCACACAGCUAACGGAGCCAGUGGAAACAAAUGAAACACCGUUUGAGGACAGUUGCGUUCUUUCCGCGGGAAUUCCGUUUGUUUCCGCUUCCAAUGAAGAGGAAGUAAAAGUUCUCGACCAACCGCCGUGGACUCCGUUUCAAAGACGACGGGGAAGAAAUCAUGUUUCCCGGGAUUGUCCCCCCCCCCCCACAUUACCGUGGUCAGAUUGUGAUUUCAUGCAAAACCAGUUUGAUUGUGACUAUUGGUAUUUUUUUCUUUUGCUUCUCUCCGAAUCCUUUUUGCAAUCACCUUGUAAUUUCUGCCGAUCAGUAUGUGAACUUUGCCGUCACGCGUUUGACGCAUUGAGGUUGAUUUUUAUUUCCCCCUCCCCCCUCCCUCGCCAAAUUGGACUUCUUUCCCUUUAACGACCUACUCCCAAACUGAUAUUAAAGCCUUUUUCCUGCAUGAUUUUUUAUAGGAAUUUUUUGUUUUCUUGAUUUCCUUUGAUAUGUGUACUUUAAAAAAAAAAAAUGCAUCAGUCUGAUUUGUCCUUUUUUGGGUUCAUCAGUUUGGGAAACACUGUUACAAGGUUUGUAGCUCUGUAAAUAGAGGUGGAAUCGAUUUUUUGUCCACUGUAAAUCAGCCACUGAAACCGGUUUGGAUAUGGCAGCUGUUUUGUUUUUUUGUACAGGAGGUUUCCGAUUUUCUGUUGGGUGGUUUGGAUGGACGCUGGCUUUUCCUCCCGUCAAAGAAAAAUCGAACUUCAAACGUCCGCCGUCCUCGUUUUUCGCUAGUGCACAACCAAAGCCACAAAAUCGAAUAGAACAACCACCCAAUCACACGUUCAUAUUUCCUGUUUGUUCCUGAGACAUGAGAAAAGAAAACCAAUUUUACAUUUUUAAAAACAGCGCACAGAUUUUAAAAUAAAAGAAAAUUUCAAAAAAUCCCAUCCACCCCACAGAAAUGGUUUUGAGAUCUCUGUGUUUUUUGUGUUCACGAUUGUUCUUUAAUCUUUGAAUUGAAUUGAUACUAUAUCCCUGAUCUCUUUUGCUGGACUUUUGUUUCGACGACGGGCGAGAAGACGCCAAACGGAACGGAUUGUCUUCACACAAACUGGAUCGUAUGGGUAUUUAUUUGUGCAUUUGUAAGGAAGCUAACACAUUUCUAAAUAUGUUUGAGCCUAGUAUUAUUAGACACCAUUUGUACAUUAUAUAGCAGAGGUGUUCAGUGUCAUAUCUGAUGUCUGGUAUGUAUGCUUUACCAUUAUGUGUGCCAAUAAACCGUGCUUACAACUAA